CAGAGAGACACGCAGAGGAACUGUGACUCUCCUUUGUGAGCAACCUCCUCCUCUCCUGUCUCAGAGAGCACUCCUGUACCUCCUUCUCAGCAACUCAAAGAAACAGGCACCAUGUCAAGCACCAGGUCUUUCAGCUACAGCAUCGGUGGUGGUGCUGGUAGUGGUGGCUCCAUCAGGAAGUCUUACUCCAGCCAGUCAGCCUAUGCAGUUCCCGUCGGCUCUAGCAGAGUGAGCGUGUCCAGUGUCAGGAGAUCUGGAGUGGGUGCUGGUCCAGGCUUCGGUGCAGGAUUCGGUUCUGGAGGUGGCAACUACGGCUUCAGCAGCAGCAGCAGCAUGAGUGGAGGCUAUGGUGGUAGCUUUGGUGGAAGUGGUGGCUUCAUUCCACCUCCCAUCACUGCUGUAACCGUCAACCAGAGCCUGUUGGCCCCCCUCAACCUGGAAAUUGACCCCACAAUUCAGGCUGUCCGCACACAGGAGAAAGACCAGAUCAAGACCCUCAACAACCGUUUCGCCUCCUUCAUUGACAAAGUGCGUUUCCUGGAACAGCAGAACAAGAUGCUGGAGACCAAAUGGAGUCUCCUCCAGGAACAGACCACCACCCGCUCCAACAUCGACGCUAUGUUUGAGGCCUACAUUUCUAACCUGCGCAGACAGCUCGAUGGCCUGGGAAAUGAGAAGAUGAAGCUGGAAGGAGAGCUGAGGAACAUGCAGGGCAUGGUUGAGGACUUCAAGAACAAGUACGAAGAUGAGAUCAACAAGCGUGCUUCAGUAGAGAAUGAGUUUGUUCUGCUCAAGAAGGAUGUUGAUGCAGCCUACAUGAACAAGGUUGAGCUUGAAGCCAAGGUUGAUGCUCUUCAGGAUGAAAUCAACUUCCUCAGGGCAGUCUAUGAGGCUGAACUGCGUGAGCUCCAGUCUCAGAUCAAGGACACAUCAGUUGUUGUAGAGAUGGACAACAGCAGAAACCUGGACAUGGACGCCAUUGUGGCUGAAGUUCGUGCUCAGUAUGAGGACAUCGCCAACCGAAGCCGUGCCGAAGCAGAGAGCUGGUACAAACAGAAGUUUGAGGAGAUGCAGAGCUCUGCUGGUCAGUACGGUGAGGACCUCCGCUCAACCAAGGCUGAGAUCGCAGACCUCACCCGCAUGAUCGCCCGCCUGCAGAAUGAGAUUGAUGCCGUCAAGGGACAGCGUGCCAACUUGGAGGCUCAAAUCGCUGAGGCUGAGGAGCGUGGAGAGCUGGCAGUGAAGGACGCCAAGCUCCGCAUCAAAGACCUUGAGGAAGCCCUUCAGAGGGCCAAGCAAGACAUGGCCCGCCAGGUGCGCGAGUACCAGGAGCUCAUGAACGUCAAACUGGCCCUGGACAUUGAGAUCGCCACCUACAGAAAGCUGCUGGAAGGAGAGGAGAGCAGACUGUCCAGCGGUGGAGCUUCAGCCACCAUUCAUGUGCAGCAGACCUCUGGAGGUCUCUCAUCUGGUUUCUCUGGUAGCGGCUCUGGAUUCGGCUAUGGCGGUGGCUAUGGCGGUGGUUUCAGUAGCUCUUCAGGAUUUGGUGGUGGAUCAGGAUACGGUGGUAGCUCCAUCAGCAAAACCAGCGUCACCAGUGUCAGCAGUAAACGCUAUUAAGGAGAAGCGCCCCCAACCCAACCCGCCAUCCUGUCUUCCUUACCUGCAACUAGAUCACUCUGAACCUUCUUACAAAUCUAUGGUGCUAGCCAGACAGAUAUCCCCUGUUAAUGAGGAGAUGAGGACAAUGAUUUCUUAAACAUAAAAUAAGUUUUAGGUUGCUCUGUGUGUUGAUGGUAGUUACCCAUAACAUACAUCUCAUGUCUGGUGGCAUCACUGCCAUUUUAAAUAAUCAACCCAACUACACUAAAAUGACACCAGAAAGAAUGUAACAGAGAAUAUGUGCUCCCAGUCACUGAAUUGUUUUAGUUCUGCACUGAUAUGUAUGGGGAAAUUGAGACUUGAGUGAACUAUAUACACAUAGAAACCACUGAAGCCAUUUAGGCCCUUCACAACAAUAGGAUUUCAGUCUCAUUAGCAUAACCACAAGCAGUACCAUGGUUUCACUGGAUCAGGGAUGUGCUAUACAGGUCCUGAAAUUCCUGGUUGAAUGUUUUGUGCUGUUACAAGCUCCCAGCUGUUUUUUGUUAAUGAAUGACUUUUGUCAUUACGCAAUGGCUGUCAGGGAUAGUUUACCUAUUUGCUGUAAAAAAUACAAUACUGUCAGCCUGUAACUGAUGACAAGAACUUGUGGGCUUCCAAUGUCCAGUUACCUCACAUUCAAGGGAGAUCUGUUACAGCAAAAAACAGGCACAAUGGCAUUUCAUGGAUCAUCCCACCUAAACUUUGUGUACUUGCCCAGUUUUAAGAGAAGAGCUUCAUUUACUGUGUGGUGACUGUACUACCUUAUACUUUCCCCUGUAUUCAAACUGCUUCGAGAGCAUAUUUUCCAAUCCCUGUUAUAAAUGGAAAAAAUACAACGCAAAAAAAAAAAAUGAAACCAUGUUAAACCAGAUUUAUUUUGUAUUGAUUGACCUGACACCAACUUUAAUUCUGAAUACAAUAAAUCUGAGACUACAA